AUGGCCGCCAAUCUCCUUCCUCUCAGACCCGCCGUCGUCUGCUCCUCGUCCAGCUUGGAGCCAAACAACCCCCGGAGAAUUCCCUCCUCCUCCGCCUCGCCGAAAUGGUGGUCCCCGCUCUUCGGAUGGUCCUCCGAGCCGGACUACGUCGGGACUUCGGAGAUCCAGCCGGCCGACGGCGACCAGAACAAGAAUCGGGCGGAUCUGGAGUCCAAGCAGGCCAGAUCUCGGUUUUCCCCGGGCUGCUUCACCGCCGAGAAGGCCAAGCAGCUCCGCAUGAUGACAUCAGGAGCGUCGUCGCACCACGACGUGAUGUACCACUCCGCCAUCGCCUCCCGCCUCGCCUCCGACUUCAAGAAGAACGACAACAGCUCCGCCGCCGCCGCCGACCGGUAG